GUCAGUCAUCAGAUUGCUCCUCGUUGUACACUUCGUUGGAAUUAUCGGUAGCUGCAAAUGCAGGGAUCUUGGUCACGAUGAAGAGGUCGUCUUUUGAAUGUCUUUUGUGGUUCUUACAAUUUCAAGCUCUACCAGUUCGUUUUUUUUUUCGGGCGCUCAUGUACUACAAGAAAAGAAAAACAAAAAAAUGUUUGGGAAAAGCGCAAAGCAGAUCGAAUUAGAGACCACAAUCGAGGAACUGCAAGGCCAGAUUUCGCAGCUGAACCAGCAAUUGCAGCAAAAAGAUCAAGUUGUGAACGAAGAAAAGAAGAAAACGCAGGCGAAGCAGCAGGAGUUGGAUCGGGCGCUGGAUUUCGAGAAGUUUUUGCAAGACACGAACAAGGUAAAAUGCACCAUCAACGCUUUGUACCGUGCGACGCACAAGGCAAAGUCCCUCGUUUCACAAGCAAAAGCUGAAAGGGAAGCAGCGCGGGCGGCUUUGACCAAGCAGCAACCGGUGUGGCCGCCGAGAGUGGAACUGUUUCCCGGCGUAGCUGGAGGAGUCGGGGUGGCACAGGGUAUGAUAAUGUUUUUUGCUGACGUCGUAUAUCGAUGACGAAGAUUUGAAGAUACGAAGUAUGAUUCUAGUUCUUCUACCAAGUCUUUCAUUGCACGUAGUACACACCACAUCCACAUUCCUCUGUGUCACCAUUGGGAAAACAAACACUCCAGAUUCCCUUUCCAACACGGAAGAGGACCCAGAGGCGCAGCAGCUCCAACUGGAAAUUGACGGGCUGGGGUUCCCUUCCGUCCGCAAAACCGAGCUGCUGGUUUUCAACCCUGCCGCCGGACAGAGUCAACAGCUGCGGAAGGACCCACUGACAAAGGAUUCCCUUCUCGAGCAAUCGCACUGCAAGCACGUGCUGUUCUUUUUGAAAAAGCUUUUCGUCGAGGAAACUUCGUUGCGGACUACUUUGAACAAGUGGGAGCAGUUCUUCCGCACGGGGGACAGAAGUAAGCAGGAGGACAAGAACCGGG